AUGUUGUCAAGUCUUGGUAACCCGCGCCAGGCGGCAUCGCAGCUGCUCAACUUUGCACUCAUUCUCUCCACGGCGUUCAUGUUGAUAAAGAUGUGGAAGGGCCUCUCUGUGGUUUCCGACUCUCCCAGCCCGAUCGUUGUCGUUCUCAGUGGCUCAAUGGAGCCUGCAUUUCAAAGAGGAGACCUCCUUUUCCUUUGGAACCGCAACCUCGUCCAAGAAACCGAAGUCGGCGAGAUUGUCGUCUAUGAAGUCAAGGGGAAAAACAUCCCUAUUGUCCACAGGGUGGUCCGGAAGUUCGGCGUAGGCCCCAAGGCAAAACUCUUGACUAAAGGCGACAACAAUCAAGGAAGCGACGAGGAGUUGUACGCAAAAGGCCAAGACUUCCUUGUGCGGAGUGACAUUAUUGGCAGCGUCGUCGCAUACAUUCCCUUCGUCGGCUACGUAACGAUUCUUCUCUCCGAAUACCCCUGGCUGAAGACGGCAAUGUUGGGUAUUAUGGGCCUGGUUGUAGUGCUGCAGAGGGAGUAG